CAGUCUAACACUCUCUGCUGUCAAACUCCUUCCACUUUGAUCUACCACCAACACUAAAGCAGAGGUGAAAGACAAGGAGGUUCAAGCUGGAUGAUCUCAGAGAGCUCAAGAUCACUGACUCGUGUGGUUCUCACACAAGGAAGUAGACACCUGGAGCCGCUGGAUUUCAAAUGCAUCCAGUUCAUCAGCAUGAUGCCUAGCCACCAGAUCCAUCUGGAUUAGUCUGCAUGGAAAUCUCACAUGCCACAGCAUCCAACACCACUGAUGCUAGCUAGCUCUUGUCACCAUGGUGAUGUUACUUCGUGCUAGGUGUUUUCACCGCCUAGCAAUUCCUGAUCCUAUGAGAGUCUUGUAUAAAGAUUACAGAACAGCGACCCCUCAGAACUUUUCCAACUAUGAGUCCAUGAAACAAGACUUCAAAAUAGAGAUUCCAGAGUAUUUCAAUUUUGCAAAAGAUGUCCUGGACCAAUGGACCAAUAUGGAAAAGGCUGGAGAGAGACUUUCCAAUCCAGCCUUCUGGUGGAUAGAUGGAAAUGGAGAAGAGCUGAGAUGGAGUUUUGAAGAACUCGGGUCUUUAUCCAGGAAGUUUGCCAACAUACUCACAGAAGCCUGCUCCUUGCAAAGAGGAGACAGAGUAAUGGUGAUACUGCCCAAGAUCCCAGAGUGGUGGCUUGCGAAUGUGGCCUGUCUGCGAACAGGGACAGUUUUAAUUCCAGGAACCACUCAGCUGACCCAGAAAGACAUCCUCUAUAGACUACAAUCUUCAAAAGCUAAGUGCAUUAUUACUGAUGAUGCUUUGGCCCCAGCAGUAGAUACCGUGGCAGCUAAAUGUGAAAAUCUCCACUCCAAAUUAAUUGUUUCCCAGCACUCCAGAGAAGGCUGGGGGAAUCUCAAGGAGAUGAUGAAAUAUGCCAGUGACAGUCACACCUGUGUGGACACAAAACACAACGAGAUGAUGGCCAUCUACUUUACCAGUGGGACGACUGGGCCUCCUAAGAUGAUUGGACACACCCACAGCAGCUUUGGUUUAGGAUUGUCUGUCAAUGGAAGGUUCUGGCUGGAUUUGAUAGCCUCUGAUGUGAUGUGGAAUACUUCAGAUACAGGCUGGGCAAAGUCUGCAUGGAGUAGUGUUUUUUCUCCAUGGACCCAAGGAGCAUGUGUUUUUGCACACUAUUUGCCCCGUUUUGAAUCAUCUUCCAUCUUGCAAACCCUCUCCAAGUUCCCCAUCACUGUCUUCUGUUCUGCACCAACUGCCUACCGGAUGCUUGUACAGAAUGAUAUAAGCAGCUAUAAGUUCAACAGUUUGAAGCAUUGUGUGAGUGCUGGAGAACCCAUUAACCCUGAAGUGAUGGAACAAUGGAGAAAGAAGACGGGCCUAGACAUCUAUGAAGGAUAUGGACAGACAGAAACGGUGCUGAUCUGUGGAAAUUUCAAGGGGAUGAAAAUUAAGCCUGGCUCAAUGGGAAAGCCUUCUCCUGCUUUUGAUGUGAAGAUUUUAGAUGAAAAUGGUGCUACUCUUCCUCCUGGACAAGAAGGGGAUAUUGCUGUUCAAGUUCUUCCUGAGCGACCAUUUGGCCUUUUUACUCAUUAUGUAGAUAAUCCUUCCAAAACAGCAUCAACUCUGCGAGGGAAUUUCUACAUUACUGGGGACAGGGGAUAUAUGGAUGAAGACGGCUAUUUCUGGUUUGUUGCAAGAUCAGAUGAUAUCAUAUUAUCUUCUGGUUACCGAAUUGGACCGUUUGAGGUAGAAAGUGCCCUCAUAGAACAUCCUUCCAUCGCAGAGUCAGCUGUUGUCAGCAGCCCAGACCCCAUCAGAGGAGAGGUAGUAAAGGCUUUUAUUGUCCUGAAUCCUGAUUACAAGUCCCAUGAUCAAGAGCAACUGAAAAAGGAGAUUCAGGAGCAUGUGAAGAAGACUACAGCACCUUACAAAUACCCCAGAAAGGUAGAAUUUAUUGAAGAGCUGCCAAAGACUGUCAGUGGGAAGGUCAAAAGAAAUGAACUGAGGAAAAAGGAAUGGAUAACAACUUAAACUCCUCCCACUAAUCACCUGUGUAUCUAUAAACACAGUGUCUACGAGUCUGCAGGAACCACAGAUUAUGUGGGCAGACUGCUUUUAAACUGGAUUUAAAGUAUUUUGUAGUUAUGACACCAGAGGUUGAAUUCUGAAAUCAAAUAAUCAUUGAAUCCUUCUGCAUUCAUGUCAAUGUUCCUGUAAUCUGCCAACAUAAAAUGAAUGUCAUCAGAUGCUGAGAUGUCUUAAAAUUUAUUUUAGAAGCAAAUUCUAAACUAAAUCUCUGCCCACGGGUUUUCAAAACGUAACUGAACAAUUCUAAUAUGCUAAUAUACAAAUCAGAACAAAUCUUCAAAUUUUGAAAAGAACCCUAUUUUUAAGGAACUCAUAAUUCUUAGAAUUUUUACCUAAAAUGUUACUAGUCAUAUUUUUAUUCAAGUAAUUUAAACAUAGUUUGAAAUUUGUUUGAAGGUCAAAGUAUAAGAGAAAGUUGUCAUGUUCUAUGGCUAGUUAUUAAAUUUAACCUAAUAAACAUGGUUUGUAAAAA